CUUAUUUGUGGAGAAAGUUUUGGCACAGGGGAAUUUUAAAGCUCAUUUUGAUAUAAGAAAUGCUAACCCGUCCUUUAUUAUACUUUGUACUACGCUAACCCGCUACCCGGAUUCUUGAUCGAAUCAACUAGAAACUAGAAGUUCCUAUCGGAAUACGAGUGCUGCAUUUAUAAACCAGGGUCAGACUUAGAAAAUUUCGGCCAAAUCGAAAAAAAAAUUUCAAUCUAAAUCGACUUACAAAGGUUCAAAAUGCAUAUUGAUGUAGACUGUUUCGGCAUAGGGGAAUUUUAAAGCGCAUUUUGAUAUAAGAAAUGCUAACCCGUCCUUCAUUAUAGUUUGUACUACGCUAACCCGCUACCCGGAUUCUUGACUCAACUAAACAGAGCUUGUCUUAGAAAAUUUCAACCAAAGUUUGACUUAGAAAAUUUCGGGGAAAUCGAAAAAAAAAAAUUCGAUCUAAAUCGUCUUACAAAGGUUCAAAAUGCAUAUUGAUGCGGAAAGUUUCGGCGUAGGGGAAUUUUAAAGCGCUCUUUGAUAUAAGAAAUGCUAACCCGUACUUCGUUAUACUUUGUACUACGCUAACCCGCUACCCGGAUUCUUGAGUCAAGUAGGCUGAGUUUCUUUUGGAAAAUUUCGACCAAAACUUGACUUACAAACAUUAUUUGAUAUAAAUCGACUUAGGAUGGUUUGGAACUGCCCAUUGGUGCCGAAAUUUUGCCACAGGCGAAUUUCAAAGCGCAUUUUGAUAUAAGAAAUGGCUAGCCACGACGGUCUGUGGCUAAAAAGUAUACCAGAUUUAACUAUACUUUUUGGCCACGGGGGUGUGUGGCUAAGAAGUAUUCAAGAUUUCAGUACACUUUUGGCCACGGGUGGCUGUGGCUAAAAAGUAUGGCAGAUUUCAUUAUAUUUUUUAGCGACGACGGUCUGUGACUAAAAAGCAUACCAGAUUUAAGUAUACUUUUUGGCCACGGGUGUCUGUGGCUAAAAAGUAUAAAAGAUCCCAGUGAAAUUUUUGGCCACGGGUGUCUGUGGCUAAAAAGUAUACUGGCCAGAUUUCAGUAUACUUUUUAGCCACGACAGUCUGUGGCUAAAAAGUAUACCAGAUUUAAGUAUACUUUUUAGCCAUGACGGUCUGUGGCUAAAAAGUAUACAAGAUUUCAGUAAACUUUUUGGCCACGACGGUCUGUGGCUAAAAAGUAGACAAGAUUUCAGUAUACUUUUUGGCCACGGGGGUCUGUGGCUAAAAAGUAUACCAGAUUUCAGUACACUUUUUGGCCAUGGGGGUCUGUGGCUAAAAAGUAUACCAGAUUUCAGUACACUUUUUGGCCAUGGGGGUCUGUGGCUAAAAAGUAUACCAGAUUUCAGUACACUUUUUGGCCAUGGGGGUCUGUGGCUAAAAAGUAUACCAGAUUUAAGUAUACUUUUUGGCCACGGGGGUCUGUGGCUAAAAAGUAUACCAGAUUUCAGUACACUUUUUGGCCACGGGGGUCUGUGGCUAAAAAGUAUACCAGAUUUUAGUAUAGUUUUUGGCCACGGGCGUCUGUGGUUAAAACGUAUACAAGACUUCAGUAACAAGUAUACAAGAUUUCAGUUUUUGCCACGUGGGUCUGUGGCUAAAAGUGUACCAGAUUUCAGUAUACUUUUUAGCCGCGACGGUCUGUGGCUAAAAAGUUACCAGAUUUAAGUAUACUUUUUGGCCACGGGCGUCUGUGGCUAAAAAGUAUGCAAGAUUUCAGUACACUUUUUGGCCAGGACGGUCUGUUACUAAAAAGUUUACCAGAUUUCAGUAUACUUUUUGGCCACGGGGGUCUGUGGCUAAAAAGUAUACCCGAUUUAAGUACACUUUUUGGCCAUGGGGGUCUGUGGCUAAAAAGUAUACCAGAUUUCAGUAUACUUUUUAGCCACGACAGUCUGUGGCUAGAAAGUAUACGAGAUUUUAGUAUACUUUUUGGCCACGGGGGUCUGGGGGUAAAAAGUAUACCAUAUUUAAAUACACUUUUUGGCCAUGGGGGUCUGUGGCUAAAAAGUAUACCUGAUUUCAGUAUACUUUUUAGCCACGAAGUCUGUGGCUAAAAAGUAUACCAGAUUUAAGUAUACUUUUUGGCCACGGGGAUCUGUGGCUAAAAAGUAUACAAGACUUCAGUAACAAGUAUACAAGAUUUCAGUUUUUGCCACGUGGGUCUGUGGAUAAAAAGUGUACCAGAUUUCAGUAUACUUUUUAGCCGCGACGGUCUGUGGCUAAAAAGUAUACGAGAUUUUAGUAUACUUUUUGGCCACGGGCGUCUGUGGCUAAAAAGUAUACAAGAUUUCAGUAUACCUUUUGGCCACGAAGUCUGUGGCUAAAAAGUAUACCAGAUUUAAGUAUACUUUUUGGCCACGGGGGUCUGUGGCUAAAAAGUAUACCAGAUUUCAGUAUACUUUUUAGCCACGACAGUCUGUGGCUAAAAAGUAUACGAGAUUUUAGUAUAGUUUUUGGCCACGACAGUCUGUGGCUAAAAAGUAUACCAGAUUUAAGUAUAGUUUUUGGCCACGGGGGUCUGUGGCUAAAAAGUGUACCAGAUUUCAGUAUACUUUUUAGCCGCGACGGUCUGUGGCUAAAAAGUUACCAGAUUUCAGUAUACUUUUUGGCCACGGGCGUCUGUGGCUAAAAAGUAUACAAGAUUUCAGUACACUUUUUGGCCAGGACGGUCUGUUACUAAAAAGUUUACCAGAUUUCAGUAUACUUUUUGGCCACGGGCGUCUGUGGCUAAAAAGUAUACAAGAUUUCAGUACACUUUUUGGCCAGGACGGUCUGUUACUAAAAAGUUUGCCAGAUUUCAGUAUACUUUUUGGCCACGGGGGUCUGUGGCUAAAAAGUAUACAAGAUUUAAGUAUACUUUUUGGCCACGGGGGUCUGUGGCUAAAAAGUAUACCAGAUUUCAGUAUACUUUUUAGCCACGGCGGUCUGUGGCUAAAAAGUAUACCAGAUUUAAGUAUACUUUUUGGCCACGGGGGUUUGUGGCUAAAAAGUAUACCAGAUUUAAGUAUACUUUUUGGCCACGGGGGUCUGUGGCUAAAAAGUAUACCAGAUUUAAGUAUACUUUUUGGCCACGACGGUCUGUGACUAAAAAGUAUACGAGAUUUUAGUAUACUUUUUGGCCACGGGGGUCUGUGGCUAAACAGUAUACCAGAUUUAAGUACACUUUUUGGCCACGACGGUCUGUGGCUAAAAAGUACACCAGAUUUCAGUCCUCUCCGCUCGUGGAAAGGAGGGACCGGGAGCAGUCUAUUAGGAUAGUUGAUGAGAAAAUAUAAUAUUAUAUGAUACUAUGUGAUAGUGUGGUAUGUUAUAUGAUACUACAUGAUACUAUAUGAUAUUGUACAUGAAUAACAAUAUAUACCACAGAUAUAUACCAUGGGGUAUCAAAACAUGGAAGUUUAUAUAUUUAAUCGAAGGAAAAUAGUUUAGAAAUUUUAUCUUGUUUGCUGUUGGAUCGCUUUAAAAAUGGUGAGAUCUAGUUUGUAUCUAUUACAUAUUUCUUGAGGAUAGAUAGGAUUUAACCUUGUUUCGAAUUACAUGGGAUUUUUGUCUACCUUCUAGCGUGCAAUACCGUGCAUGACACAAGUCACACAAUCUGGUGAUGAAGUGCAGAUAUUACGCCACAAUGUGUGCACACAUUUAAACAUGAUAAUGUCUAGUUUAGGAAAGAGUAUUAAGCAACACGAUGAUAGCUAAAACCUUUCCACUUGUCUGGACAUGAAUGAAUGAUAUGUAUAAUUGAUUGCCAUGUGCGUUUCGGAACACUAUAAAUAUACACAUGGCACAAUCUGUGUUGCAACACUUGCACAUAAUAGAUACAUACAGAGGGUCGAAUUUUUGGUUUUACCUAUGAUUUUGGUAUAACCAUUGCAAUGCUGUCGGCGUGUCGCCAUGGUCGUAAGCCAGUGUGCUUAUUACUUAUGAAAGAGUUUUAACCGCCUGAGAAUAUUAAAAAUGGUAGUCUUUGAGGGGGGUGAAUGACUGCGUUGGAUAUAGGAACAUGGCAGCAGCAUUUUGACAACGAAUCUUUGCGUGGCAGCGGUUCCGCUUCUUCUUUGACCAUGAGAUUUAAUUUUGGUUAAAUCUCACGGUCAUAAUUUGUUUCUUAUAUAAUAUGCUCUGUGUGACAUAAUUUGACGAUUGUUUGUUUUCAGGCUUUGUUUGGAAUUCAGGUUGUGCUCACACUUGUGAUUGCAAUGUUUCUGCACAAGAUUUCUCCACAUAUGUCGUUAGCAACGUGGAUCUUAUGCAGUGGGUAAAUAUUGUCAAUCUCAUUCUUAGAGAGCUGUGGAUCAAGAGAGAUUCAAUUGUGUGAAAAUUAAUAGAGCUAAAGCUCCAAUGUUUUGAGCUAGUGGAGGCCAUUACUAUAUCGCUACUAACUUCCCAUGCAACAAAGGGCCUUCACUUGAAACGUUGAAGUUUUACUUGUUUGUUUCAUGUAGUUGAAUCCCUCUUAGGUCCUGUUCAUAUGGGCAAAAGUUAUCCCGGUUGGCAAGAAAACUUUUCGACAAGUUUACAAGCAAGAUCUCGCCUUGUUAUGAAUGAAAAUAAUAUGAAAAGUUACACUGCGUUCAUAUGAGACAAAACUUUUCCUGUGUACUGAGAUCUCGCUUGUUGACAGGCAAGAUCUUGGUGACCGGGAUAAUGUUUUUCUCAUAUGAACUCAACUUUCCUGCUUAGCAGGAUAACUUUCUGUUGUGUCAGCAACUUUUCAAUUCAAUUGAUGUUCAGUGCUACGUCUGACAGCCGGAAACUUUUCCUGGUAAGCGGGAUAACGUUUCUCCAUGUGAACAGAACAAAAGUAUUUGGCUAGUUGAAAAGUCUUCUCAUUGACCAGGAUAACUUUUGCCCAUAUGAACAGGUCCUCAAUCUGCUGUUUUCUGAUUUUAUUAUUGCGGAUUCAGUAAUAUUUUGUAGUUACUGUAAUAUUUGAUGAAUAAGAGAUGACUCUGACUGGCAUUGACACAAUAUGUUCUCAUCAAGGUUGACAAGAUAUCUUUAUCCAACAGAUGAAGAAUUGAAAAAAUUAGUUGGAAAAUCUCAUGCAAAAUCUAAUAAAUCUAGACGUUCAGAUUCAAGGUAAAUAUUAAAGGGACAAGGCAUUAGAAAAUAUAGCUGACAAAAUAACAAAUAUAGUAAUACAGUAUAUAUUGUUCUCUACCAUAUUUUCCAGAAAAACUGCAGCAAAUGGAGAGGCAGUAAAGGAUUUUAAAGUCAUUGAACCAUUUACGAUACCAUGUAAUGUCAACCUUGAACUCAAAACUGCUAAGGUAUUCCAUAUUUCCAUGUUUAAUUAAGACAUUUUGUACAUUGUAUUGUCCCAGUAUAUAGAUGAGUUCAGUGUUGGUGGUAAUUACUUCAGACUUUUUGAUACUUAUACCAGAGGCCGCGAAAGCAUUUUGAAAGUGGAGGGGCAUUGACCAAAGGGCAGGCCUAGAAAAUAUAUUUAUCUUCCUGGCAGCAAAAUUCAAAAAUUAAAAUUUCCUGUGUAAGUCAACUAUAAAACGUCGUAACUAUGUAGAUUUCAGAGAACGUGUGGACUAUGAUGGCGCACACCUCGACUUGCAAAAUGCUUAAUUUGGAAUUUUUAUAAAACAAUAAGUAAAUUAUAUGGCAUGAAAAAAUAUUUCCUGCAAGGUGCAAGAAAAUUUCCUGCGAAGAUAUUUUGUUAAACAUUUCCUGGCAGCGGUGCUGCUGGUGCUGCCGGACAUUUUCCAGCACUGCAAAAGGGGCACUUUUGUAUAUGAUCAAAAUCAAACGAUUUUAUGACGUUCACGAGCUGAACGAAAAUUUUUGAAAAUAUGGAGUCUCUAUAAUGUCGGAAAUGGCCUUUACAGAGUCUUUACUAAUACUACUGCGAAAAGGGCAUUUUCUUUCCAGAAAAAGAGGGCGUUUAUUCAAGAAAUACUUUUUUCGUUUUCUAAAUGGGGCAUUUGCCACCUCCCAUUGCCCCCCCUCGGUUCUGCGGCCCCUGACUUAUACAAUCAAGAACAUUAAGGUACAUCUUAAUUCUAUUUACAAAUAUGUCUCCAAAGGCAAGACUGCUCGUACAAAUACAAGACUACUACAUAUAAUGAAAAGAAUGAACAUUAUUUUCAGUGAAAAAUAAAGUGAAAAAUAAACAAACCAGACAUAGUAUCAACUAUUAUAAUGCAGUGCCAUAGAAAUAAUAUAUUUAUUUCUAUGUGUAGUGCCCUGGAGCAUGCAGAAAGCAGAAUGUUGCAGCUUAAGCAACUGCACCACAACAACAACAAAAUACUAUUUUUGAAUAAAUACUAAGGCAUAUGAUUCUGAACAAACUCACACUGAAUAUAAAGUGAAGCCUAACUUCAUAAUUAUUACCAUAAUUAUCUUAUUAUUUCACAAUUAGUAUGUCCCUGUCUAUUUCUUUGCUGUAGAUUGAGGAAACAGAUUUAAUAUUUCAAUACUUCUAUCCCGAGUAUAAAUGGCUGGUUGAUUUUGCACUGAGUGCAAUCAUAUUCAACAUUGUCGUGGAGACAAUUGCUUACCUCUUCCCAAACAUGCUAAAAAAUGAUAUCAGUGUUACGCCACUGUGGAACUUCUUAGUUAUCUUUUUUUGCUUGUAUCCUUUUGUGCGCAUCAUUUUGAUAGUAAAUCAGCAUAUUUUGUAUCCGAUAUACAAGCUUCUUCACACUCAUGAAUUCCUUUGUGUUUUGAGGUCCAGAUUUGACUUCCACUACUGCUACCAGUCUGCCUUAAUAGUAUGCAUGAUUGAUUAAUUGGUUAUAUCAAAUGCAUCUGAUUGGUUAAUUGCCCCUUAAUACAGUAGUAGUACCAGUAGUGGAAAUCAGAUCAAAAUUUCUCUGUUAUCUGUAAAAGUGUAAGUAUUAUAUAUGUCUUAACCAUUGAAACCAGGCGAAUUUUGUACUUGCUUACAUCACCAUACUGGUCCAGUGACGAUUCAGGAGAGAAGUCAGUGUUUCUUACAUUUGGUGUUUUCUUUUUCGUGUUGGCCAUGGCCGUCCUCGUUGUUGAUGAAUCCAUCUUGGAAUUUAACUUGGAUUCAGGUAGUUUACUUCUGCAAAACUUUGUUUUUACUGGAUAGCUAUAUCAGUUCUAAUCUGUUCUCCCUAGAGGUCCAGUAAGGAUCAUCUCUUAUUGAUCCAGUGUUACUACAGGAGGAAACCUAAACUAAAUAAACCUAAUAACCUAAACUUAUACUGGAUAGCUCUAUCAGUUCUAGACUGUUCUCCCUAGGGGUCCAGUUGUCACUUACAUUUCAACUUAUCGCUUACUUUUACAGGGUAUGAGUUUUUCUCAGACGAGGCUGUACUCUUCUUGAAGAAACAAGGAAUUUCUAAAGAGUAAGUGCAUCAAUAAACUGUCGUGGUUUGUCUCUGAACUACAUAAAAAUGAUUAUAUAAUUUAUAUAAAAGAAAUGAGAAAGCAUUUAUAAAUGGUGUAUAAAAUACAAAAAACUGUUUAAUUAGUUUAAACACAAACCAUGGUAGCAUUCACGACAUUUCUUGCACCCAGCUGAAACUAACUUUUUUGUCUUACAGAGGAGGUGCAGCCCCAAUAUGGAUCUUCAAACUAAUGCUUGCUAUUAUGUCUGGUUUCCUGGGAGCGUUUCUUGGCUUUCCUGGUAUUAGAAUGUCCAAUAUGUUUGUGGAUUCCUUAGAGAAGUUCCACUCGAAUCGACUUCUAGUGUAAGUGCACCAUAUGUAAGUACCUUAGUUGAGAACAGUUUAGAACUGAUAUCUAAUAUAAAUAAAGUUAGUUUAGUUUAGGUUCCUCAUGUGGUACCACUGGGUCAGUAAGAGAUGAUCCUUACUGGACCUCUAGGAAGAACAGUUUAGAACUGAUAGAGAUAUCCAGUAUAAAUAAAGUUAGUUUAGUUUAGGUUCCUCAUGUGGUACCACUGGGUCAGUAAGAGAUGAUCCUUACUGGACCUCUAGGAAGAACAGUUUAGAACUGAUAGAGAUAUCCAGUGUAAAUAAAGUUAGUUUAGUUUAGGUUCCUCAUGUGGUACCACUGGGUCAGUAAGAGAUGAUCCUUACUGGACCUCUAGGAAGAACAGUUUAGAACUGAUAGAACUAUCCAGUGUAAAUAAAGUUAGUUUAGUUUAGGUUUCUUCCUGUAGUACCACUGGGUCAAUAAGAGAUGAGCCUUACUAGACCUCUAGGAAGAACAGUUUAGAACUGAUAGAGCUAUCAAGUAUAAAUAAAGUUAGUUUAGUUUAGGUUUCCUCCUGUAGUAACACUGGAUCAAUAAGAGAUGACCCUUACUAGACCUCUUGAGAGAACAGUUUAGAACAGAUAGAGCUAUCCAGUAUAAAUAAAGUUAGUUUAGUUUAGGUUUCCUCUUGUAGUAACACUGGAUCAAUAAGAGAUGAUCCUUACUGCAUGGACCUCUAGAGAGAACAGUUUAGAACUGAUAGAGCUAUCCAGUAUAAAUAAAGUUAGUUUGGAACUCGUUAUUUAUGUCUGUAGGGUUCUUCUUUAUCUCAAUUUCUUCGCACCGCUCUUUCUAACACUGUUAUGGAUAAAACCACUGGUUCGGGAGUACGUGACUGGUAGAAGCGGAGGAAAUAUUUAUACGUAAGUAUCCUGAAUUGUGUUCCCUCUCUCGGCGGCACUGAUUGUGGGUUGUAUAUUUUUCAGCUGUUCUGUUUUUGCUAGAAUAUCUGACACGACGUUUGACCAUCUUCGCAUUGCAAUCAUAUUGUUCUGUUGUGCCAUACGUUUUGUCUUCACCAAAAUACAUCUUCAAGUUUUCUUGGAUGUUGCGAAUCGGAAAAUUGUCAGAAUGAAGAAAGAAGCGGGAAGAAUAAGUAACAUCACUUUGCAAAAGAAGGCGAGUGAAAUCCUGUGAUCUAAAACUUUAUUUAUACUGGAUAGCUCUAUCAGUUCUAAACUGUUCUUCCUAGAGGUCCAGUAAGGAUCAUCUCUUAUUGAUCCAGUAUUACUACAGGAGGAAACUUAAACUAACUUUAUUUAUACUGGAUAGCUCUAUCAGUUUUAAACUGUUCUUCCUAGAGGUCCAGUAAGGAUCAUCUCUUAUUGAUCCAGUGUUAUUACAGGAGGAAACCUGAACUAAACUACAGUAACUUUGUUUUUACUGGAUAACUGUAUCAGUUCUAAACUGUUCUCCCUAAACGUCCAGUAAGGAUCAUCAUUUAUCGAUUAAAAUAGGCACGCUAAACGUACAUUCAUCUAAUCUACUUUAUUUUUUUUAACAGAUAAUCACCGUGUUUUAUUAUUUAACAGCGGCGUCUCUACAAUAUCUAACUCCAGUUAUUCUUUUGAUUUUCUUCACAAUCACACUAAGAACUGCAGGUACAGUGUGUUAGAACUUCCUGUAGAAAAAGCAUAUACGAUCAGGAAACACCAUCCUUCAUCAGAUGGUGGCGAAGUUCGGAAAUUUUGAUCAAGGCAAGAAGAACGAAAUCCAACACCACAGCCAGAAAGAGCGUCUUAGAAUGAGUAAAACUGCAAAGAUUGGUUGCUAAAUGUUGUAAAAUGAAGAAAUAUAGCCCUGUGAAGCAAAUUGUGUAUAUAUUUUUGUAUUUACGCGCGGUAAAAAUAACCACUUUCGAGCCGAAAAUGGACUAUAUUUUCCUCAUUUUACAACAAUUCGCAGCCAAACUUUGCAAUUUUACUCAUUUUAAGAUUCUUUUUCCAGCUAUGGUAAUAGAUUUCGUUCUUCUUGUGUAGAACAAAAUUUCGUCUAUAUAUCUGGAAUCAUUCAUUACAAGAUUACUUACUACAUAUGUAAAGAAUGAACAUCAUUUUCUCACUCUGUUAACUACAGGGUGUAUCAAAAAAAAGGUAAUCGAACUUCAGCGCGCUAUUGUAUCUGAAUUACUCUGCGUAUGAACGAGAUUUUUUCACAUUCGGAAAGAUCAUGCUUUUAGCUGUUGAAUGAUAUCUUCUUCAUGCCAAAUGGAUAAGAAAUGAGCAAAUACGAAUCCGAUAAAAAUGUUAGUCAGAAUCACAUAUUUUCACCGUUGAGAGUUGGGUCUAAAACCAUUGAAAAUGAACCCCCUUUAGGACUUAAGUUGAUGAAUUUCACUUCAUUAAACUGCACACAUAUUCAUAAUAAUUAUUAAGUCGGAAUAGAUCUUAGCUAAGCUACGACACGUUCGUGAUUAAUUGCUUUUUCUUUUGUUAUGCAUUGUUUUAAUUAGGCACAGAGGUGAAAAUAUGCGAUUUUGACUAACAUUUUUAAUCGGCCUCGUACAUGCUUACUUUUUCUCCACUUGUCAUGAAAAGCAUGCCAUUCAAUAGCUAAAAGCCUGAUCUUUCCGAAUAUGAAAACCAAUUGUUCAUACGCCAAGUAAUUCACGUAUAAUAGCGCGCUGAAGUUCGAUUACCUUUUUUUUGAUACACCCUGUACAGGUUGACCUCCAUCAUAGUGCUUAGUGAAAUUCGUUUCAAAUCCGUUCUCGUCUCAAACUUUCUAGGAACGACAGAUUGGGAUUCUACGAAUGCCUUAAUGAGACGUCUUCAGAAAUCUAUGAUAGUCUCAAACAUAACUGUGAACGCUGUUCAAAAUCUUCGACACGUGUUUGUCUCAGAACUUGUGCGUGCUGUGACGUCAUAUUUCACGUGGUGGACAUGCCUAACUAUGUUUAUGACGUCAGCAUUUGGUGUUGUCUAUCAUCAUGUGUUUAAUGUAUAACUAUGGAUAGUUGUGGGUAAGAGAUGUGAACACCACUGAUCGUAGUUGUGUAGACUGGAUGGCGCCAGCCACUGAUUCACCUGAUCGUCGACUUCUGUAUUUUAACGACUAGUUAGUUCGGCUCACAAAACACUACCGUAAACACGCAAAAAAUCUCACAUCUUGUAGCAAGUCUGCCAACAAGCGGUCAACAAGUUGUGUUCGCACUGCUUGUCCCAAGUUUUCAACAAGCAUGGAAUAACUUGUUAAUAGUUGUAACAAGCUUGUUGAUAUUAUCAGACUUGUUGCAAGGUUGUUUCACCAAGUCCGAUACAGUCAUGAUAUAACAAUACUGUUACAACCUUGUGUCGUCAACCUUGUAACAUUCUUGUUAUAUCAUGACUGUUCAGACUUGUUAGAACAACCUUGUAACAAGUCUGAUAAUACCAUCAAGCUUGUUACAAACUUGUUACAACAGUUUGUUCCAAACUUGUUGUUGACAGCUUGUUCCAAACUUGUUACAACAACUGGGAACAACCAGUACGAACACAUUGUCGACAGCUUGCGAACAGAUUUGUAACAAGUUGUUUGCAGACCUGUAACAAAAUCAACAACACUUGAAGGUAUUCACAAUGUCUACUUUUAUGUCAAAGUUGCGUUCAGAAACAACAAAAUAUGUAAUGUUUUUAUUUCAUCAAAGAUAAAAUUAUUUAUAAUUUCUCUCACUUGAUUAACUAUGAAUGACAACAAAUCAUCAAUGUUUUUAUAUCAACUUAUAUAGAACCUAUGCAGCUUGGCUGCGCCAAAUUAGUGAAUACAUAAAUAUACAUUUUUUCCCUCUCGGAAACAAUUAUGAAGACUAAUAAUAACAAGUCCGAUUUUCACAGAUUUGAAAGCAAUGAAUCAACAAUUAAGUGCAACAGCCUUGUUUAUACGAAUAAGAUAAUUGUAACUAGGAGGAAAAUUGUUUUGUUUUGCCUUAGUGUAUAUCACACAACUAAAGCCAUUUCGUACUAUACUAUACGUUUAUCUCACUGAUUUAAACAAGCUUCACUUCAGUAUGCAACAAUUGUUCCCGUUUGAUCAAUGUUAAUCACUGUUUAGUUUACGACUUUACGUUUCAAAACUCAAGAAUUUUGAACGCUGUCAAAUUCACAAUUUCAAUGAGCGUACGACCGAAGCCACUGCUCCAUGAUUUGACCCUUGAAUCAAGUUAGGUGCGGGCGAAGAAUACCUGGUACAAUCACCCUCUAAUAUAUGUGGUACCGGGUAACCCUUGUUGGAACACCACGCCUCGAAGCAUCGCCGCAUUGUCACGGAAUCCUCGCGUGAUUUCGCGUACACGCGCACAUAACGCUCAUGAAACUUUUGUGGAAGAAUCUGGCUGACUUGUUCCUUGCGAACUUUGAAGGGUUGGUAGGAUUUAUUAUAAAACACGACCGCAUCAACAGGAUCUUUAUGUUUCAUUCCAAAAUGGAUGUUAACAAUCGAUACAAAUAUUUGCUCCGCCUUUAAAGCACCUUCUGAAAUUGAUACUAAAUCAUCCACAAUCUCACUUUCACUCGGGAAAUCUGUUUCGGAGCCCGGCUGUGUCUGGCCACAAAACUUAUACAAUUCUCGUCGCUGGAUUUUCAGUAAUAACUUUCGUGCUUCGAGCAUUCUUGGGUCGCCGCUUUCAUUUCUUAGAAUAUCAUACAUAAUGCUAUCCGUUAAGACCGUGUAUCGUUCCAUAUCAUCAACGCUUUCAGAAAUACGGAGGAUUUUAUCGACUUUUAGGAAUGCUUUGAGAAGCAGGUCUUCAAUCGGCGCUUGCGUUUUGUGUUUGUAAACUCGGUGGUGUAGCGACCAGCGGGUAUGAAACAACUCGUAGAGAUUAAACACCUCUUUUUCACGGACGCAGAUUUGUAGUCGGUCAUGGAUGGGCAGGAUUCGUACGUUUUCAAAGUAGCGGCGAUAAUCGAAGUUGCUGGUCACGCCUACGUUAGCGCAGUCGCGCGCAAAAUAGUCAAAUUUAUCGCAAUCGAUGCCAGUGCGUUUAUUUGAGACGAUUUCGUAGAGGAACCAUUUGGGUUUGCCUGUCCAACGGCAGAUUCGUGUCACCGUGUCCUUUUCUGGGUCUUUACCUAAAAU